GCCAUGAGGCUCAAGCUCCAUCAUCCACAUACCGAGACACCGGGGCUGCAAAACGCCGAGACACGCUUGCAAAAGAAAAAAAGAUACAAAGUCAGCUUGAUAUUAACAUCUUUACACACCAGCAGCAGCAGCAGCAGCCAUGAACGGACAGGUGAACGGUUUCCACAACUCCCUCAUUGACGAGGACUGCUUCUUGUUCACGUCAGAGUCGGUCGGGGAAGGACACCCCGACAAGAUCUGUGAUCAGAUCAGCGAUGCAAUUUUGGAUGCCCAUCUUAAGCAGGAUCCUGAUGCCAAAGUUGCAUGUGAGACUGUUGCCAAGACCGGGAUGAUCCUAUUGGCCGGUGAGGUGACAUCUACUGCCACAGUAGAUUAUCAGAAAGUUGUUCGAGACACCAUCCGCCAAAUUGGAUAUGACGACUCCUCUAAAGGCUUUGACUAUAAGACCUGUAACGUUCUUGUGGCCUUGGAGCAGCAGUCUCCUGACAUUGCUCAGGGUGUUCACAUUGACCGCAAUGAGGAGGACAUUGGAGCUGGGGACCAGGGCUUGAUGUUUGGAUAUGCCACUGAUGAGACAGAGGAGAGUAUGCCUCUGACAAUUAUCCUUGCCCACAAACUCAAUUCUAAGAUGGCUGAGUUGCGUCGGAAUGGCACUCUUCCAUGGCUCCGUCCAGACUCAAAGACACAGGUUACUGUCCAGUACCGCCAGGACCAUGGUGCCAUGCUUCCAGUGCGUGUGCACACAAUUGUCGUGUCAGUUCAGCAUGAUGAGGAUAUUUGCCUGGAGGAGAUGAGAGACACCCUGAAGGAGAAAGUCGUCAAGGCUGUUGUUCCAUGCAUCUAUUUGGAUGAUGACACAAUUUACCACCUGCAGCCCAGCGGGCGAUUUGUUAUUGGAGGCCCACAGGGUGAUGCUGGCCUGACUGGGCGUAAAAUUAUCGUUGACACUUAUGGAGGCUGGGGAGCUCAUGGCGGUGGUGCCUUCUCUGGGAAGGAUUACACAAAGGUGGACCGCUCUGCUGCUUACGCUGCACGCUGGGUGGCCAAGUCUCUGGUGAAGGCUGAGCUCUGCAGGAGAGUGUUGGUCCAGGUUUCCUAUGCCAUUGGAGUUGCCCAUCCCCUCUCCAUUUCUAUCUUCCACUACGGGACCUCCAACAAGAGUGAGAGGGAGCUGCUUGACAUUGUAAAGAGGAACUUUGAUCUCCGUCCUGGAGUCAUUGUCAGGGAGCUGGAUCUGAAGAAGCCCUUGUAUCAGAGGACCGCAGCCUAUGGCCACUUUGGCCGAGACUCCUUCCCAUGGGAGGUGCCCAAAAAACUCAAAUACUAAAUACUGUUAAGCUUUUCCCCCCCAGGCCUGUUGGUGUAUACUACAGAGAAGCCUCCAAGGUUCCGGGGGUGAAAUGCCCUUAUCUCUCUCAUAGUAAUGGUAUCCUUUAACACAUGACCCCCUCUCUCACUUCAACCCCCUCCUUGUCUUCUUGCUGUUUUCUGCUGGUUGCGGUAUCAUACUUGGUCGUAGGAGACAUGGCUCAGAAACUUGAUGUUUUUAAGAAUUGGAUGGGUUCCAUGAACUCAUCCACCAGUACUUCAUUUUGUCCGACGUCUUGAAAUUCGCCUGAUUCUUGCUUUGAUAGUCCCUGAAUAGCUGCGUUAAGUUCUCAUUUUGGCAUUCCACACCCGUCAAUAUCGUCAGUUUUUUAUUCAGUGUCAUAGCAAUGGCAUAUUAGGCUAUAUGUGAUCUCUCUCUUAAUUCACUGGUGCUACUGAUGUAAGGAUAGGCGCAAUAUCUAAAUUUGUCAGGUCCCUUUAGAAGCAUCAUUUGAUAGUAGGAGUGUUCUCUGAUCUGACAUCUGACACAGUUUAGUGUAUUUCUAAACAUUCCUCCUUUUGUCAAUCUGGUAAAAUAAUUCCCAGACCCAGUCAGUGUUGUUUAUCCCAUUUGUUAGCUUUAUUCCUGCUUCUUUGUGGAGGAUGCUAGAAUGGCACAAUUAAAAUGUAACAGUUGUUGCUGUUUUCAAAAAAAAAAAUGCUAUGCAUUGCAGGCUAAUGGGAGAACCAAAUCCUAAUUAUUCAAGCUCUAAAAUGAGUAUAAAUCCUCAGACGCCCCUACAGACCGUUGCUGUUUUCUGACGUAAUACAGAAAAGUCAGAAGCUGCUAUGUCACUGCUCUGGUCUGCAGUGGUUUUUGUUGUACUUGAAAAUAAUGGCAAAAUUGGAUUGUUAUGCAUUGAAAUUCAAAGUCCCGUUUUUUAAAUGUAGUUUCACUAGCUUUUUAUGGUUUGAAGUAACUAACAGCCCUUGUACUCCUUAAGUAUAUUGAUGGCAGGUGUAGCUACAGAGAAACCUGGUCUCCGUCUUUAUCCUUAAUGGAGUGUGUUCUUUGCCAGUCUUAUUGGCUUGAAGUCAAAACCUCAACACUAUUUAUUUGUUCCCUGAAACUCGGCGUGAAUACAGAGAAGCCGAUGUUUCAGAAGGCAGCUUUAAACAUACCUGGCUAUUGAAUCUUGAAAUUCCUUUUGACUUGAUCACUUUUUAGUGUUUGGCUUGAGGCUCCAGAGUGUUGUACAGAAAAGCUCUGGGCCGCCUCAACUCAAAAGUUGUCACUGGCUACUAUUAAUGACUCUUUUACAACCUAUUUUUAUUUUUGGACUACAGAUCACAUUAUUAAGUGGGUCGGUUUUGAAAUCCCAUUAAAAUCUCUGGUGCAAUUCUUUAGCUCUUACCUAUCCUCAAUGGAAUGGCAACAUUUGGCUGGUGUUGUACAGAGAAACCAGCCUUGUUUACACGGCCAUCCCAGCUGUGGCAUAGGUUCACGUUUGGGUUUUGUUCCCUUAUACCACUCUGAGGACCCCCGUUGGCUACCGUAAGUGUAGGAGUGCCUUUUCUAUUUCCUCUACUCCCCAUUUGCUUUCCUCCCUUCCUACCAACAUGCGCUCAACUUCCAGAGGAACAAGUAGCUCAUACUGUAUUGUGCUUCAUGUCUAGACUGGGUAGUUUCCUUAUGCUCUGUAAUAAACAACUACUCC